UUCGGACAUGUGGGUAGAGAUUGUGAUUUACAAAAACAGUGAUCACCAUGCUGCUGCGACUUCUCCACUUGGUUUUGCUGUCCUCUUACUCUCUUUCGGCAACAGUGUUCAUGAAGAAGGAUGUCGCUAACAGUGUGUUGCAAAGACACAAACGAGCCAACUGGUGGCUUGAAGAGCUGAAGACAGGGUCGCUCGAGCGGGAAUGCAAAGAAGAGACAUGCUCCUACGAAGAAGCCAGGGAAAUAUUCCAAGAUAACAAGAGAACGGAGGAUUUUUGGGAGGUUUAUAAUGAUGAUGAUCAGUGCCUUUCCAACCCAUGUCACAACAAUGGAAUGUGUAUCGAUGGGAUCAAGUCCUACAACUGUCAAUGUUCAAUAGGCUAUGAAGGCAGAAACUGUGAAUCAGCCUUAGAGGAUGCUCAAAAAUGCAUUUAUCUGAAUGGAGGGUGUGAGCAUUUCUGCAAUGAUACAGCGUCCCAUCUCCAAUGCUCCUGUGCAGACGGUCAUGAGCUGGCAGAAGAUAAGCAAACCUGUGUUUCGAAAGUGAAGUAUCCCUGUGGAAAGAUACCAGUUUUGGAAAGAAGGCUGUCCGACAUGAUGGACUAUCCUGACUCGCGUUCCCGGAUUGUUGGUGGAAAUGUGUGUCCUAAAGGAGAAUGCCCUUGGCAGGUUCUUCUGGAAUAUUCAGGCCUAUUCUUGUGUGGUGGAGUCAUACUACAUCCAAACUGGGUUGUUACUGCGGCUCAUUGUGUGCAUAACAAAGAUGCCAAGAAACUAAAAGUAGUUGCUGGUGAACACAAAACCAAAGAACAUGAAGGCACUGAGCAAUCGAUUCCUGUAGCUGAAAUGAUAAUCCACAAGGAAUAUGUUGAGUUAUCGGCUGACAAUGACAUUGCCUUGCUUAGGCUGGAGAAGCCAAUCAUAAACAGCGAUUAUGCCGUCCCAAUUUGCCUGCCAGAGAAGUGGCUUGCGGUGCACGAACUGGCAGCCAUUCGGUACUCCACUGUGAGUGGGUGGGGAAAGCUGAGUGAAGGAGGCCCGACCUCCUCCAUUCUCCGCAGACUGGAGAUGCCGCGGCUUAAAACCCAGGACUGCAUAGAGAACAGCAAGCUCAAUAUCACCGACAACAUGUUCUGUGCAGGAUAUUUUGAAGGAAACCAGGAUUCUUGUAAAGGAGACAGCGGUGGGCCUCAUGCUACAAAGUACAAGAACACCUGGUUUCUGACUGGGAUUGUGAGCUGGGGGAAGGGAUGUGCGCGGCCAGGCCAAUAUGGGAUCUACACGAGAGUGUCCAGGUAUCUGGACUGGUUAAAGGAACACAUGUCUGCACAAACAGCUGUUAAUGUUACCGUCAUCUAAAUACCUAUAGUAUUUGUCUGCAGUACUGCUUAGUUGUGUAUAGUGAGGCUGCAUCUCUGUGACCACCACAAAUGGAGAUUUAAAUUCUGUUCCAGUGUAAAUGUGUGUAUUUGUAAACAAGACAUUCCCAGUGAAAUAUGUAAAACAAAAAUAUAUAUAGUGUAUUAAUUGUACCUGUUCUAAAAUAUAACUGCUUAAACUGUAUGUUUAUACACUAAUUUGUGGCUGGUAUUUAUCAUGUUAUAAAUUCUUUAUUAUGCUAAUUUCUGGAAACCUCUUUAAUAAACACUUAGCAUGAGCAUGUACGGUAAA